AUAUGGAGAUACCGCGUCUUCACUAGCUUCCACGGACCCGACGUCCGCAAAACCUUCCUCACUCAUCUACGCAAACAGUUUACCAGCAAUGGGAUUUCGAUGUUCGAUGAUCAAGGAAUCGAGAGAGGCCACACCAUCGCCCCUGCUCUCACGCAAGCGAUUAGAGAAUCGAGGAUCUCUAUCGUGGUGUUCACGAAGAACUAUGCUUCUUCCAGCUGGUGUCUGGAUGAGCUUUUAGGGAUUUUGAAAUGCAGGGAAGAGAUUGGACAGAUAGUGAUGACGAUCUUCUACGGGAUAGAUUCAUCUGAUGUUCGGAAACACACCGGAGAUUUCGGGAAGGUUUUCAAGGAAACAUGUCGUGGCAAAACAGAGGAGGAGAAGCAAAGAUGGAGUCAAGCUUUGACUGAUGUGGGAAACAUAGCCGGUGAACACUUCCUUAACUGGGACAAGGAAUCGGAGAUGAUUGAAAAGACUGCUAGAGAUGUCUCAAACAAACUAAAUGCUACAGUCUCUAGGGAUUUUGAAGACAUGGUUGGUAUUGAAGCCCAUGAUACACGUUAUGGUAUCACGUACCAGAGAAAGAAGAUUAGAAACUAG